AUGAGUGCUAAUAAUGAUAGAGAGGUUAGUGAAUUAUGUCAGAAAUUACAUCAGGAGUAUCGUUUGUUGCACUUAGUGUAUCAUCGAAACAAGAAUCAGCAUCACGUUGCAGUUUGGUGGAAACGAUUUAAUAUGUUAAAGAGAAAUUGUGGUUCAGUAUUGGAGUUACACCUUCAAGAUAGAGGGAACAAGAGCAAGAUACGAUAUAUAAAAUUGUAUCAUCUAUUACACUCGAUGAUAAAGAAGCAAUUAUCGAAAACAUAUUAUGAAUUUAACGGUAUUAUUGCAUUGGGCCAAUUUGUCACUUUGGGAGUCGUACUUAUUGGAUUAUUAAGUCGAAUAUAUUGUUUAUAUAUAAAGUUGUAUCGAAUAUUUGAAGAGACUUUUAAGUCGUUAGGUCUGAUAGCUCCAAAGAAUGGCUCGAGGAAGCAAGAGAUGAAUAGGACUGAGAAGAUUUUGGAAUCUAUGGUGCAGGAGGAAGUUGGCGAAGAAGUUAUCAUAGAAGAAACGAUCAUUGAACCACGCCAAAACGAAGAGAUGGAAUUUCAGUCAAAUAAGAAAAAGAGUAAGAAGAAGGAGAAGAAAAAGAAGAAGAAAUCGGCAAUUGAUAGUAUAUUUGGAUAA